UCGCCAACCGCUUAUCCCGCCGUCCGUUCCAAGGUUUGGCUGCGACCUGCACUGCGACUUCUGCUUCGAGCCUCGCCUUAGCCUAGUUCGCCGCUCAGCACCGAACUUCAAAACGAGGGCCUUCCCCCGCUUUUGAAACCCUUCCACAUCAUCCUCUUGCAUCAUUUCAAUACCGACCCGAGGAACGUCUUCUUCAACAUGCAGGAAGUCCAGAGGUCCUAUCCGGAGCGCGGUUACGCAGCAGCUCCCCCCAACUACCGCGUCGAAGGUGACGAUAUCUUCUCCGAGGGCAAGAAGAGCGACCCCGAGCUCAACAUGCCUCUCGACAAGACUGCUACCGUGCAGGAGGGCUCCGAGAGAUUCAACAAACUGGGAUGGAAGCGCCUUACCAUCUGCUUGAUCGUCGAGGCCAUCGCUCUUGGAUCCCUCAGUAUUCCCAGCGCAUUUGCAAAGCUGGGGAUGGUUGCUGGUGUCAUCAUGUGCGUAGGCCUAGGUUUGAUCGCUAUCUAUACGUCAUACGUCGUCGGUCAGGUCAAAAUGCGCUACCCGCACGUCAAUCACUACUCGGACGCCGUGCAGCUUAUCUGGGGUCGCUUCGGAUACGAGCUUGUCGGAGUCAUGUUCGCGCUAUUCCUGAUUCUGCUCGUUGGAUCUCACGCUUUGACCGGCACAAUCGCGUUCAUCAACAUCAUCGACAACUACCAGAUCUGCGCGCUGGCAUGGAGUGUGGUCUCCCUGGUCAUUCUGUUGAUCCUUGCCCUGCCACCGUCAUUUGCUGAGUUCGCGAUUCUGGGUUACAUCGAUUUCGUCAGUAUCAUCAUUGCUAUCAUAGUCACCAUUGUCGCAACCGGUGUUCAGGCGCACAACGCACCCGGUGGUCUUUCCGCGGUUCCUUGGUCCGCAUGGCCUCCGGAGGGCACCACAUUCUACGAGGCAUUCCUGGCAACCACCAACAUCGUCUUCGCCUACUCCUUCGCUGUCUGCCAGUUCUCCUUCAUGUCCGAGAUGCACACUCCUACCGACUACGUCAAGUCCAUCUGGGCCCUCGGACUGAUCGAAAUCUUCAUCUACACCCUGACCGGAGCGCUCAUCUACGCCUUCGUCGGUGUCGAUGUCAAGUCCCCCGCCCUGCUCUCCGCAGGUGAUACCGUGUCCCGCAUUGCCUUCGGUAUCGCCCUGCCUGUCAUUUUCAUCUCCGGAUCAAUCAACGGCACCGUCGUCGGCAGGUAUAUUAUGGACCGCGCAUUCCCCAACUCUCCCAUCCGCUACGUCAAGGGUGCUCGUGGCUGGGCUGUUUGGUUCUGCCUGAUCACCAUCGUCACCAUCAUUGGCUGGAUCAUCGCUGAGGCUAUCCCCUUCUUCAACGCGCUGCUUGGUCUUAUCUCAGCCCUCUUCAUCUCCGGUUUCACAUUCUACUUCCCCGCGCUGUUCUGGUUCCAGCUUGUCAGGGAGGGCGGCUGCUUCUCGAGCACUAAGAACAUCCUUCUUACCAUUUUGAAUGCUCUGGUGUUUAUUAUUGGUAUUGUCAUUCUUGGUGCUGGUACCUACGCCUCUGUUGAGGACAUCAUCCACCAGUACAGCAGCGGCUCGGUCCGCAGCGCGUUCACGUGCUCCGCUGCCUCGUACGCUUAGAGGAAAGACUGAGUGCAUUUAACAAGGCGUUUGUUGUUUACAUAACAGUCAUAGGAGACUGGUCGAUGCAUUUGGGUACAUUUGCAUGAGCGGCGAGAUACCAACGCAUGUAUUAUUUCACGAUCUACGAAUUGGA